UGCAGUGUGAAAAUAUUAAGUGCAUUAAAUUCUCUGAUAGAUAAUGGAAACUACAUCAUAUCCUAUGAGUGCAUGAAAAUGAAGUAGGUUCGUGUCUAUACUUGACUUCAGAGUAAAUUUCCUGAUGCUAAAGGGCUGGGCUGUGUAUGAUUCAUCUGGUUUACACUGAACACUGAGGCUAUAGAGAUUCUCUAGUAUGUUGACAUAUUCUUCUUCAUUUUCACAGUAAAAUCUCUCCUAACACUGCAACUGCAACCUUUGCAAAGUAACAUCUUAGGAUGUAUCUCUGGAAUGGGACAAAAAAAUAAGGUCCCUCCUUUCUUAGGGAUUUUUGGCUCGCGUGAUUCAGGGAGGAGCAUUCCAUAGUGUCAACUCAGUAUUUCCUUUUGAUUUGCCAUUUUUAUUUGUUUUGUUUUUAUUUGUUCAUUUUUUUAUGAUUGGAAUUUUUAUGUUUUGAUUUCUAAAAGUGCUUUCGUGGUUUGAUUUCUAAAAGUGCUUUUUAAAGGGCAAGUAUGCAUUUAAAAAAAACCCUGCAGGAUUCUCUUGUGAGAUAAUUUCGUGUUAUGCUUUAACACUAGAGUCUAACGUUUGUUUUAUUCUACAAAAAUAAAGUGUUGUUAAAUUUGGUUACACUAUUUUACAGGAUAAACAAGAGGAAAUUAGUUAGAAAAGAAGAAGAAUGUGGCAGAAAAUGCUAGACAGGAAGCAGAGGACAGGUAUGAAUUCAGUACAUUUUCAUUUUCAUAAAUCAUUCUGAAAUCAUGUCAUUCAGUCAUAUUUCAGUAGUAGCACUGCAAUAAUGUUUUCAGUAAUAGAGUAACCUUUUGUGUAAUCUGUGUAUUGAAUUAAUUCACUCCUUUCUUUGGGAUUUUUGGCUCGCGUGAUUCAGGAAGGCGCAUUCCAUAGUGUCAGCUCAGCAUGUCUGUACCCUGCAGGGAUCAGAGCAUACAGCUUGGUCUCCUGGCGCAUCAGGGUCUGGUUGCCUCCACAGUUUGCCCCAGACAUGCAACUACUUGCAUCAUACCUGCACACAGCAAGCCGGUGGUGACGGUGGCAAAGAAAAACUCCCUAAGAUGUUAAGAGGGAGAAACCUUGAGAGGAACCAGACUCAGAAGGGAACUCAUCCUGACCUGGGUAACAACGGAUAGUGUAAAAGUAAAAGAGAGUUCAUUGUGGUUUUUACGUAAGUCUGUUUUUUGAACUAGUCUACUGUAUGUAUAAUAUGCUAUAAUUAAAUAUACUACCAUACUGUCAUUUUCAAGAGUUUAAGUCUGCUACAAAUAAACAGCUACAUGACAUCACUGACUUGCAGUUUCUGUACCCUGCAGCAUCCCAUGCUACACUCCAGAAAGGCUUCAUAAAUACGAAAUCCAGGGGCUGAGUGGGAGUUCUGGAGGAGCCAAUGUGGAGAUCCCUCCUCUCUUUAAAAGAGGGACAGAAAGUAGCAGGAUCUUAUUCACAAGCCCAGCUUCAGGAUGCCCACCACUGCAGCACACUCACGAAACUGACUGGAACUGAUGCUGGAGUUGAUCUACACACACGUUGCUUUCACACAGGGACACAGAACACACCUGGACAGAUAAUCAUCUUUAAGGAGCUUUGCAGACAAGAGAGAGAGUGUGAGCCAUGGGUCAGUGGUUGAGCUGGCUCCUCUUGCUGACAGGACUGCUGGGGGUCUUCACACAGGAUUAUUACGAGGAAAAGACAGGAGAGAGGAGAACCAGGGUUAAUGGUCAAACAACAAACUACCUGAAAUAUGAUGGAGCAGCCAUUUUGGAUGAAGACUGUGGUCUUGAAUUGGCCUUCCUUGUGGACAGCUCAGAAAGUGCCAAGGGCCAUCACCAGCAGGAGAAAAAGUUUUCCAUGGACAUUGUGGAUGGUCUGCAGAGCAUCCGUUUGAACACUGGGCGCAAAUUGAGCUGGAGAGUGUCAUUACUACAGUACAGCAGUCAUGUUAUCAUUGAGCAAACAUUCAAACACUGGAGGGGCAUCGAGAACUUCAAAAGCAGCAUCACUCCCAUGGGCUAUAUUGGCCACGGCACCUAUACUACCUACGCUAUUACCAACAUGACGAAGAUCUUUUCCGAGGAGUCCAGAGCAGGUGGCAUCAAAAUUGCACUGCUUUUUACAGAUGGUGUCACCCACCCAAGGAAUCCUGACAUCUUUUCAGCCGUUGCUGAUGCCAAGAAUCAGGGAGUGAAGUUCUUCACCAUCGGCAUCACACACGUUGCCAAUGAGCCUGCCAACAUCGCACGUCUGAGGCUGCUAGCCAGCACACCCCCCUCCCGCUUCCUCCAUAACCUUCAAGAUAUACACAUCACUGAAAAGAUCCUUGGUGAGAUUGCUCAACUAGCAGAAGAUGAGUGCCCUGUGUCUCAGAAAUGUGCAUGUGAGAAGGGCGAAAAAGGAUCAAGUGGCGCAGCAGGAAAGAAAGGUCGCCCAGGUGACGAUGGAACCCCUGGGCCUAAAGGUCAAAAGGGUGAAGGUGGGUUGAGUGGACUUCCUGGUCGUGAUGGCUCAGAGGGUAAACCUGGAUACAAAGGAGAUAAGGGAGACAGAGGUGAAUGUGGCACACCAGGAAUCAAGGGUGACAGGGGUCCUGAAGGUCCUGUGGGUACAAGAGGAUCCAGAGGGUUGCAGGGUUUACCAGGACCACAGGGUGACAUCGGACCAGAAGGCUUGCAAGGCAAGAAGGGUGAGCGUGGUUUGCCUGGUCCACCUGGCCUUCAGGGCGAGACUGGGAUUGGACUUCCAGGGCCAAAGGGUGAUAUGGGAUUUCAGGGUAGACCUGGUCCUCCUGGACCAACAGGAAUUGGAGAACCAGGACCACCUGGGCCUCAAGGUCCACAGGGUGUUCAAGGAGAAAAAGGACCACAGGGAGAAGGAUAUCCAGGACUGAAGGGAGACCGGGGGCCGGACGGACCAAGGGGCCCAAGGGGACAACCAGGCGCUGGAAUCAAAGGAGAAAAGGGUGAGUUUGGGCCUGCAGGGCCUCCAGGACCAGUUGGGCUUCCUGGGUUUGGCAUUCAGGGCGAGAAGGGUGUGGAGGGUCCAAGAGGGCCUCCAGGCGGAAGAGGUCCACCAGGAGAGGGUCUGCCUGGAUCAAAGGGUGAGCAAGGAUUACCAGGAGAGAUUGGCAGCACUGGAGAGAGAGGAAUCGGAGAACCUGGACCAAAGGGUGAGCCUGGUGCUGCAGGUCUGGCAGGUUUACCCGGACUUCCUGGAGAGGAUGGCGCUCCAGGCCAAAAGGGUGAGCCUGGAGCCUCAGGCCUGAGGGGACCUGAAGGUGCAGCAGGAAUUGGCACACAAGGAGAAAAGGGAGACCAGGGCCAGCGGGGUGUCAGAGGUUUACCUGGCCCACCAGGCAUUUCUGGCCCUUCAGGUGCCAAGGGAGAGCCUGGAAUACCAGGACGAUUGGGCAUGCCAGGACUUCCUGGGCGAGCUAUCGCAGGACCAAAGGGUGAUGUAGGGCCUGCUGGUCCUCCUGGACCAAUUGGAGAAACAGGUUACGGGCUCCCAGGUCCAAAGGGUGACCGUGGCAAUUCUGGCCCUCCUGGGCCAUUUGGGCCAAAAGGUGAAGGAUAUCCCGGACCAGUGGGUCCUCCUGGUCUUCCAGGUCUUCCCGGAGAGCCUGGACCUGAGGGCAUUGGCUACCCUGGGCCAAAGGGUGAUGUUGGUUUCCGAGGUUUACCAGGUUUGCCAGGCCCAACAGGUGAAGGGAUUCAAGGGCCACCGGGCAACACAGGAAGGCCAGGACCACCAGGACCGGCCGGGCCCCCAGGAGAGGGCAUUCAAGGCCACAAAGGAGAUCAGGGGCCACCAGGUGUCACUGGACCAAGAGGACCACUAGGGGAGGGACUCACAGGUGCUAAGGGCGAUAGAGGCUUGCAUGGUGAGAGAGGAAUGAAGGGAGUUAAAGGUGAAAUGGGUGACCCUGGACUCCCUGGGCAAUAUGGAAGACCUGGAGAAAAAGGCGAGAUGGGCCUCACAAGAGAGGACAUCAUUAAACUGAUCAAAGAGAUUUGUGGAUGUGGCAUUAAAUGUAAGGAGAGGCCAAUGGAGCUGGUGUUUGUAAUUGACAGCUCUGAAAGUGUCGGUCCUGAAAACUUUGAAAUCAUAAAAGACUUCGUCAUAGCACUAGUGGAUCGUGUCACAGUAGGCCGCAAUGCCACACGCAUCGGCCUCAUCCUAUACAGCCUGGAUGUCCAUCUGGAGUUCAACCUGGCACGCUACAUGACCAAGCAGGAUGUCAAGCAGGCGAUCAGGAAGAUGCCAUACAUGGGAGAGGGGACAUACACUGGUACAGCUAUUCGCAAGGCUACACAAGAGGCUUUUUACAGCGCCCGCAACGGAGUCAGCAAAGUGGCCAUCGUCAUCACUGAUGGACAGACAGAUAAGAGAGAGUCUGUGAAGCUGGACAUGGCAGUGAGGGAGGCCCAUGCUGCUAACAUUGAAAUGUAUGCUCUAGGGAUUGUUAACACAUCAGACCCUACGCAGGCUGAGUUUCUCAGGGAGCUUAACCUCAUUGCCUCUGACCCAGACAGUGAGCACAUGUACCUUAUUGAUGACUUUAACACCUUGCCUGCUUUAGAGUCUAAGCUCGUAAGUCAGUUUUGUGAGGAUGAGAGUGGAGCACUCAUCUACAAUCGCAUCACCAAUGGUGGCAAUGGACACAACGGAUACAGGCACAAUGGCUACGAUAUCCACAAUAAUGUCUUAUAUGGGAAUAAUGGCUAUGGGAGUCGUCAUGUAGAAGAAUUUGACAGCAGGGUUAAAGUUCAGAGUGGAACCUAUUCCGAACGAAUCAACCCUGCUCCUUUCAGUGCUAAGAUUGAUUUAGACUUAAGGAGUCAAGUCCAAGGUGGCCACAAAGUAACUGAUGUCAACACUGAUGUCCUAUCUGUACAGCCUGUGCAUGGGAACAGCAGAACAUCUCACACCAGCAUCAUAUCAUCAUCACUGCCAUCAUCAUCAUCAUCAUCUUCUUCAUUACUGCCAAAAUCAUCAUCAUCUUCUUCUUCUUCUUCAUCAUUGCCAUCAUCAUCAUCAUCUUCUUCAUCACUGCCAUCAUCAUCUUCUUCUUCUUCUUCUUCAUCAUUGCCAUCAUCAUCAUCAUCACCAUCAUCAACAUUGUCCUCUUCUUCCUCAUCGGUAUCUGUUAUAUCUACUUCAGUGAACGUACAGCCCCAGCCCCGUCCUGUUGUAGUCUCAGCUCCUCUGGAUCCUCGUUGCUCCCUUGUCCUGAGCCAGGGGACCUGCCGAGACUACAUCAUCCGCUGGUACUAUGACAAACAGGCAAACUCUUGUGCCCAGUUCUGGUAUGGAGGAUGCGGGGGUAACGAGAACCGCUUUGACACUGAGAAUGAAUGCAAGAAGACAUGCGUUCUUACCAGUAUAGCAGGUUAAAAUGUAUCUCAGAGGAUGAUAUUUUCACACUGAAAAAGAACAAAACAAAUGGACUGAACUGAUGCUUUUUUUUUAACUCUUCACCAACUGCCCUGAAACUGCAAUCAGAACAUUACCCUUCUUGCAGCAAGUUCAGAAAAUAUGUUUAACAAAAGUGUAAGAAAGAGAAAAUUAAAAAAAAAAAAAAGAUUACUGUGAUUACCUGCUUUGUACUAGAGCAGUGCUUAUGAAGUAACUCUGCCUGUUCUCUUUCUCAGUACUGCACAAACAACUCAUUUCCUGAUAUACCUCAUUUUUUUCAUCCAUCUCCUUUUUGAUACCAUGUAAGGUUUUCUGCACUGUGGAUUCAGAGAGAGAGAGAGAGAGAGAGAGAGAGAGAGAGAGAGAGAGAGAGAGAGAGAGAGAGAGACUUAACUGUAACUUUGAUAUAAUUUAUAUAUAAAGUUAAGUCUCUGAAUCACAGGAAAGGCAUUGACAUGCUGCAUAAUUAUUCAUAACCAUAACAUAA